UAAACACAAACCUAACAACUGGCUAUUGGGAAAAUCCCGGCCAGGGGAAUUUCUCUACAAAGAGAUAAAACUUCAUCAUGAGAGUGGUUGCAGUUUUCUUGGUUUGCUUCUCUUUCUUUUCUUUCUGUCGAGUAAAGAAUGCAGCAUCUAAUGAUACAGAACAACUUCAGCAAGACAGUCAGCCAGCUGAGCGAGCUACUUACCUCCUAGAAGACUGUUUAAGCAACAAAUACACACACAAGUCUUGCAAGAAAGUUUUUUGUGACCCAUGGGAACGAUGUGUGGAGGGAAAAUGUCUCUGUAAGCUUCCCUACCAGUGUCCAAAGAAUGGCACUUCAGUUUGUUCUACCAAUGGAAAGCAGUUUCAUACUUACUGCCACCUAAAAAGCUAUGAGUGUCAACGUCCCGAAGCAAAGUUUCUGAACAAGGGAAAAUGCACGUCCACAGAAACAUUUAAAAUCUCCUUGAUCUAUAAGGAUUCACAUUUGCUUCAAGUAAAACCUGUGAAUAACGAGGACCUUUUUGUAUGUGAGAGUAUGUGGACUAUGAAUGAAGCAAACGUGGCCUGCAGACACCUUGGCUUUGAAUUAGGUGCUGAAUAUUACCACACUGACUACAACAUCACAGAACCAUCACACUGCUUCCAAAUAAUGUGCAGAGGCCUAGAGACAAGUCUUGCUGAAUGUUACAUAGAGAAGAAACUGAGAGCUAGUAAUGAGGGAUUUGUUAGCCUCCAGUGCCAGAAAACUCUCCGAGAAUGUUCAGCUUAUGAGUUCCAUUGUGCAAAUGACAAGUGCAUUUCUGUGACUAAAACCUGUGAUGGUAUAAAUGACUGUGGAGACCUAAGUGAUGAACUGUGCUGUAAAGAAUGCAGAAACAACAGUUUCCACUGUCGAUCAAAUAUCUGUAUUCCAAAAAAGAAUGUGUGUAACAAAGAAAUUGACUGCCUAACAGGAGAGGAUGAAGCUCAAGCUCUCUGUUCAGGCAAGCCAAAACAUGACGAAAAUCACAGUAUGGAUGCAGAAAGAAAACUGGCAAAGACGUUCCUUCCCCAAAUAAACUGUGGUGUUGUAAAUCUCACAUUAACUCGACGGAAAAGAAUCAUAGGUGGACAAAUUGCAAGGAAGGGUGAAUUCCCUUGGCAAGUGGCAAUUAAAGACACUGGCACUGAAGGUGCAACAGUGUACUGUGGAGGGGUUUAUAUUGGUGGCUGUUGGGUUCUGACUGCUGCACACUGUGUCAGAGCAACUCGAGUUCAUCUAUACCGUGUCUGGAUUGGGCUGUUGGAUACAAUACAGUAUGACAGGGAGACAGACACUUACAGACUAAAGCAACUGAUAAUCCAUGAGAACUAUAAUGCUGCAACAUAUGAAAAUGACAUUGCUCUGCUGGAGCUGAAAGGUCACGGAAAAGGAGAGUGCUCCCUGAAAUACAGCACACCUGCCUGCAUCCCCUGGUCAGAGCAUAUGUUCAAGGCUGGUGAUAAAUGCAAGGUUUCUGGAUGGGGAUUAGAGAAAGGUUAUACCAAACAAUACGUGCUCAAAUGGGGAAAUGUUAAUUUAUUUCAGAAUUGUUCCGAAAUGUAUCCAGGCCGAUUUUUACAAAAAAUGGCAUGUGCAGGUACUUAUGAUGGAUCCAUUGACAGUUGCAAAGGUGAUUCAGGAGGUCCCCUGGUCUGCUUUGAUGCAGAAAACGUGGCGUAUGUCUGGGGUGUUGUGAGUUGGGGUGAAAACUGUGGGGAGGCCGGUCACCCUGGCGUCUAUACACAAGUUGCCAGCUAUUAUGACUGGAUUAGCCACCAUGUGACACGGAGUCUCAUUUCACGAUAUAAUAUCUGAAGCUCAGGAAACUAAACACUUGUUAUCAUCCAUGCAGAAAUUAACACUAGUCCAUUUUUACAAUAGCAGCCAUAUACCUUAGCAACUAUUAGUACAAAUCUUGAAAUAACGUAGUUUGAAAACGUUCGGCUCUCCACAAAUACAACAGCUUUACAGAAGUCUGCACAAAAGAGUUUUACAGUCAUAUAAGUCCACGGCAAAAUUAUCUAAUAAAACCAUGUUCACUGCAAGGACAA